GCUUUGUCAUGGCUGCGACCCUUCAACGGGCUUCUUUGUCUUUCGGGACUAUCUUCCAUCUCAUGGAUGGCAAUUUGAACGAUUCAAACCCUCUUACCUUGAUGUACCCUCCAUGUUCACCGCCGCGAAUAUGAACCGUUAACCCAGCCUCUUUUCAGCACCUUGCAUCUUUCCUUUCGUCUAGAAGCCAUACAUCAGUCUUGGCAGUGGUGCCUGUAUAGCAUCAGGUCAGAUAUGGAUGAAAACAAAGUUGGACCUCGCGGCACGGAGAAGAAGUCGCUUGGGGAAAGGCUCCGAAGUCACUUUCACCCAAGGCCCGCGGAAGAUGACGGACCACAAGACUGGUGGGUUGCCUCUACCGCAAUUCCACUAAUAGCAGCUACAUCGGCGCCUUUAGCGAACCUCAUGUCCAUCAUUGCACUUGUGAUGCCGUGGAAGAGCAAACUUCUCGGCCGGACCGACUCAUCCGGUGCUCAAGCGCAGGAACUGCUGACAGAUCCCCGGUGGUGCAUAGGCCUCAACGCUACGUCAAUUGCAUGUGGGAUUGCGGGCAAUAUUUUUCUGCUGUUCAACUUUACGCGGACUAUGCGGUAUAUCAUAGCCUUGCCCGCAUCGAUCAUCCUCUGGUGCAUAUCUACGGCUAUUCUGAUCGGUAUAACGAUUGCCGUGCAUGUCUAUGACAGUCCAGUAUCGCCUGAUGAGACCUACUCCCAGGCAUACUGGAGUGCGGUCAUUGCAGCAGCCCUAUAUUUCUUCCUUACCAUCAUCCUGAUGAUCAACAUGUGGGGAUACGUUCGCGGGCAUUAUCCGCAAUAUUUUGCUCUGACCGACGGCCAGAGAACACUGAUAUUGCAGACCACUGCAUUCGUGGUGUGGUUGCUGAUAGGCGCGGCAAUCUUCCACGCAGUCAUUGACAUAUCAUUUGCAGAUGCACUCUAUUUCUCAGACGUCACAAUCCUGACACUGGGUUAUGGCGACAUCACUCCUCCAACCUCCGUUGGGAAAGGCCUCGUGUUCCCCUAUGCUGUGAUGGGCAUUAUCAUACUGGGUCUCGUGGUAGGGAGUAUUCAUGACUUUGCCCGGGAACUGCAAUACGAUAAUGUCGUGCGAAAGCAUGUCGAAAGGAAGCGACAAGCAACGAUCCAGCACUCCAUUUCCAUAGAGCCAGGUGCAGAGGCGGCACAUUUUGAUUACCAGCCAAAGCACUUACGAAGAUCCGGCAUGCGAAGCACUAUCGACGCAUUUUCUCUCGUAGGUCGACCAAAGGCUCUUAUUAUGAGAGAAGAAAAGGACCGAUUCGAUGCCAUGCGCGCGAUCCAAUACGAAACUGUCCUUUUUCGUCGGUGGUACAACCUGAUCCUAAGUCUCAUCAUGUUUGGAAUAGUCUGGACGUGCGGUGCCGUCGUCUUCUGGAAGCUGGAGGAUAUCACAUAUUUCCAAGCAUUAUACUUCGGGUUUUGCUCCCUCCUUACAAUCGGAUAUGGGGAUUUCACACCUACCACCAAUGCAGCAAGGCCUUUCUUUAUCGUCUGGUCCCUCAUUUCCAUCCCCACCAUGACAGUCCUCAUCUCCGAGAUGAGCGACACUAUCGUCCUCGCAUUCAAGCAUGCCACCAACGUUGUCGCUGACUGGACCGUCCUCCCGCAUUCGGGGAAAUACAGGAACUUCCUCCGCAGGUUCCCAGCUAUAUACGCUGCUCUCCAACGUCACGAAGAAAACAGACGAGUCGCUCAAGGGUUUCACGUCGGUGUGGACAAUGCAGAAAACGGAACUAAACAUCCACACCACGACCCAGAGCAUCCCCCCGCAAGAUCGAUCGAAGAUCUCGCCAGCGAGCCCGACACAGCCACAGCGUCAGGGGCUGCAUCCUCAGGCUUCCAACUCGCCCAACAGCUUGCGUACGCGAUCCAGAGAACAACCAGGGAUGUCGUUGCGGGAGAACCGAAAAGAUAUAGCUACGAAGAGUGGGUAGAGUUCACGCGGCUCAUUCGAUUCACUGAUCCCAGUCCCGACGGAGUGGACGUCCACGAGGACGAGUACGGGAUCCUCAACUGGGACUGGAUCGGCAAAACGAGUCCAAUGCUAGCGACGCAGACCGAGCCAGAAUGGGUUCUGAAUCGACUCUGCGAGAGUCUGAUUCGGUAUAUCGAUAUUCAGGCACGGAAUGCAAGCAAGACGAGGGAAGAGGACGAGCCGACAUUAAAGAAGCAGAGGGAGAUAAAAUUCCAGGAUGAAUGACCAACCCUAACCCUUCAUGUACAUACAUACAUACAUACAUACUUCUUCACCUGUGUCUAUAAGUUUUUUGAGAUAUAAAUGUGG